CUUCCGCUUUGACUAUAAUCUUCAUACUUCGCUUUUCCCCAAAGUUAGGCGAGUGUCCUGUUCUGCGCUGGGCUUGGAUCUCUGACAUGGAGGAUCUGCUGUCAUUCUGGGAUGUGGCCAUUUAUUUCUCUGCAGAGGAGUGGGAAUGCCUAGGUCCUGCUCAAUGGAAUUUGUACAGGGAUGUGAUGUUGGAAAAUUUCAGCAACCUUGAGUUCUUGGGUCUUGCUUCUUCUAAGCCAUACCUGGUCACAUUUCUGGAACAAAGGCAAGAGCUUUCAGAUAUGAAGAGACAAGUAGAAGCUACCACAAUAUAUCAAGGUAUGUAG